AGCCCGAACACAGGUAAGGGCAAAGCGACACUUGCGGUGUUGGGACAAUAGACAGGGAAUCCCCGUUGAAAUGUCAUCACCUGCAGAAACUCAGUCUGAUCACUGCGGGGAUAAAAAGGCUGGUUUCCUUUCUCCAAGAAGCACGACAUUAGCUAAUAACAGGAGGAUCACCUUGCUUGACGCUUUUUUCCUGGACUCCCAGGAAAACCAAACGACAACAGGAGAGGUGAAACGAAAGUCUAAAUAUCCCAGUUUGGGUCAAAAGCCAGGUGGCUCAGAGUUCUUAAUGAAAAGACUGGAAAAGAAAGGGCAAAAGUACUUUGACUCAGGGGACUACAACAUGGCCAAGGCAAAGAAGAGCAAGCAGCUACCUGCAGCGCCGCCUGACAGGAGUGUCGGCACAGGAGACCACAUACCCACCCCACAGGAUCUCCCCCAGAGACGGCCAUCUUUAGUCACAAGCAAACUGGUUGGCUGACAUGAGGUUUCCAGUAUGGCUCUAACUCUCACAGAAAUGUGUGAUACAGUGUUAUUUCAAAGCUCCGUAUGCCUUUUAGGGAAGAAAGCUUUUAGUUUUUUGUCAAGGAGUUAGAGAGAGAGAGCUGGAUGGAAUGUUUUCUCCAUUUCUUCAGCAUUUCUACACAGUACCAUCACCCCUUCUUGUCCUGAGGUGUUGGGGAGAUGAUUAGGUGAUAAAAAAAACUGAUGAGUCCUGGUAGAAAGCUAUUUUCAUCUAUCUGCACAGUUUUGUACUGAAUAUAAUGCGAUCCAGUUGGAAGAUGUGAUACUUUUUGUCACUUAACAGGUAAAGUUAUAGUAGACAGAUCAAGUUGAAAUAAUAGUCUAUUUUCUGCGUCAAACAAGUUGACAAAGAUCAGAUUAUCAAGAAACUACAAGCAAAGGUAGUGUGAUUACCAGUGACAAACCAUCUGGUUAUAAAUAGCUAUGCAUUAUCCAUUUGACAAAUAGUGAUUUGGUAGUUAAAUGAAGUUAAAGUUACAUUUCCUCUAAAACAGUCACACUAUAUCCAAGAGACAUAAAUGAGCAGGUGUGUUAGAUGAGGUGAGGUAGAUCUAAACGACCAUGGUAGGGAGAGUCAAAGCGAGUGUUAUUCGGGGAAUUGUCAGGGAAUGCCUUAUGCCCCUGGGACACAAGUGCUCCAACGGAAGUGACAAAGGAAGUCUCUCAUACUUUCUUGCAGGCAGUUGCGCAGGAAUUUGAUACUGACUUUGAUCUUCUUUGUUAGCCCCGUCAAUAGCAGCACUUCUUAAAUGAACCAAACACCUAUGCACUUUACCUAGUCUCCAAACAUACGAGUGUGUAUAUAUGUUUUGGUUCUCGCUAAUUUACUUCAGUAGCUAUCCAUGAGCACACAGUACCUGCAUAACUAGUACCAGGGCACUUCCUGCAACACAGUGUAAAACACUAGAAGUGCUGAUUGUGUAUCUAUCAGUGCGAUGUACACUAGCAAUAGUAUAACAAAAAACAAUAUAUGCAGUGUAUAAUACCCCAUAUAUAUGUAAAUGUUACUGUAUACAUGAUGUUAAUUAUAUCUGAUAUUAUAUCAGGAAAUAUAUGUACUGAUGUGAAACAUGCAAAAGACAUUAAUUGAAAGUAAUGUAAUAAUCCAUUCAUUGUACUUUAGAGUCAUUUGUGUAUGCUUUGUGAGUCAGAUAGUUUCAGGUUAAUACUAAUGGAUCUUAAAGCUGAUGUACUUUCUUCAAAUAGAGCUCUUCCUUGGCAUUCUGACUGACUUAGACUGUUAAAUAUAUAAAUAAAUAAAUCAGAUAAAUCAUCUCUUAGAUCCUCCUUUUGGCUCAGUAAUUUGAAAUCAUAAAACCUCCAAUUCAAUCUGGAAAACGCUAAAGGGUUAUGCCAGGUGACUCACUUAUACCAACUUAAACUUAAUGAAAUACAUUUUUGUUUACUUUUGCAUUUCUGUAAGGGGAGAGCAGUAAGUAAAAGAUCAACUCUUAUUAUGUCCACCGGAGCCGUCCUUCUUCAGCAUACCUUUAGAGUAAGGUCAUGUAAUGCUUUUAACACCAGUGGUGUUACUGAUACACUCACAGGGUAUAAUGUUUUGUGGCUGUGAGCAUCUGUUAAAUCAAUGUAACAUGGAUGUGUACUGCAAUACUGGAAUUAUUUAUCUUGUAUUUCUGUUGACAUAGAUUAGUAAUGUAGAGAGUGAUCAUGUUUGGUUUUGUGUGUUUAUAUUCUGUUUAUUAUAUUUUAUGUGUUUGAAAGCAUCUUGUUUCCAAUCCAAAGAGUAUGAAAGGGCCAUCAGGGAAGAAUAAAUGCAUUUAUUAAACUAAUUUAAAAAAGA